AUGCCUGUGAAUGGUCUGGGCUUCCCACCGCAGAACGUGGCCCGGGUGGUGGUGUGGGAGUGGCUGAAUGAGCACAGUCGCUGGCGGCCCUACACGGCCACCGUGUGCCACCACAUUGAGAACGUGCUGAAGGAGGACGCUCGCGGCUCCGUGGUCCUGGGGCAGGUGGACGCCCAGCUUGUGCCCUACAUCAUCGACCUGCAGUCCAUGCACCAGUUUCGCCAGGACACAGGCACCAUGCGGCCCGUGCGGCGCAACUUCUACGACCCGUCGUCGGCGCCGGGCAAGGGCAUCGUGUGGGAGUGGGAGAACGACGGCGGUGCAUGGACGGCCUACGAUAUGGACAUCUGCAUCACCAUCCAGAACGCCUACGAGAAGCAGCAUCCGUGGCUCGACCUCUCGUCGCUGGGCUUCUGCUACCUCAUCUACUUCAACAGCAUGUCGCAGAUGAACCGCCAGACGCGCCGGCGCCGCCGCCUGCGCCGCCGCCUGGACCUCGCCUACCCGCUCACCGUGGGCUCCAUCCCUAAGUCGCAGUCGUGGCCCGUGGGCGCCAGCUCGGGCCAGCCCUGCUCCUGCCAGCAGUGCCUGCUGGUCAACAGCACGCGCGCCGCCUCCAACGCCAUCCUGGCCUCGCAGCGCCGCAAGGCGCCCCCCGCGCCCCCGCUGCCGCUGCCGCCGCCGCCGCCCCCUGGAGGGCCUCCAGGCGCGCUCGCCGUGCGCCCCAGCGCCACCUUCGCAGGCGCCGCGCUCUGGGCAGCGCCCGUCACCGGCCCCGCCGAGCCCGCGCCGCCUCCCGGGGCGCCCCCACGGAGCCCGAGCGCCCCCAGCGGCGCGCCCACCCCGGGGCAGAACAACCUCAACCGGCCCGGGCCCCAGCGCACCACCAGCGUGAGCGCGCGCGCCUCCAUCCCGCCGGGGGUCCCCGCGCUCCCGGUGAAGAACUUGAAUGGUACUGGGCCGGUCCAUCCGGCCCUGGCAGGGAUGACCGGGAUACUGCUGUGCGCGGCCGGGCUGCCCGUGUGCCUGACGCGGGCCCCCAAGCCCAUCCUGCACCCGCCGCCAGUGAGCAAGAGCGACGUGAAGCCCGUGCCCGGCGUGCCCGGGGUGUGCCGCAAGACCAAGAAGAAGCACCUUAAAAAGAGUAAGAAUCCCGAGGAUGUGGUUCGAAGAUACAUGCAGAAGGUGAAAAAUCCACCUGAUGAGGACUGCACCAUCUGCAUGGAGCGGCUGGUCACAGCGUCAGGCUACGAGGGCGUGCUUCGACACAAGGGCGUGCGGCCUGAGCUCGUGGGCCGCCUGGGCCGCUGCGGCCACAUGUACCACCUGCUGUGCCUCGUGGCCAUGUACUCCAAUGGCAACAAGGAUGGCAGCCUGCAGUGCCCCACCUGCAAGGCCAUCUACGGGGAGAAGACGGGCACGCAGCCGCCUGGGAAGAUGGAGUUCCACCUCAUCCCCCACUCGCUGCCUGGCUUCCCUGACACCCAGACCAUCCGCAUCGUCUACGACAUCCCCACAGGCAUCCAGGGCCCUGAGCACCCCAACCCCGGGAAGAAGUUCACCGCAAGAGGAUUCCCUCGCCACUGCUAUCUACCCAACAAUGAGAAAGGCCGGAAGGUGCUGCGGCUGCUCAUCACGGCCUGGGAGAGAAGACUCAUCUUCACUAUCGGCACCUCCAACACCACGGGCGAGUCGGACACCGUGGUGUGGAACGAGAUCCAUCACAAGACCGAGUUUGGAUCCAACCUCACGGGCCACGGCUACCCGGACGCUAGCUACCUAGACAACGUGCUGGCCGAGCUCACAGCCCAGGGUGUAUCCGAGGCUGCAGCCAAGGCCUGAGGCCCAAGGCUGCCCACCUUCCUUCCUGCUUUGCCCCUGGUCCGGCAAAUGCCUCCUUCGCCAGGUGUGUCCUGGUGGCCCAGGUUCAGGGCUGGGGAGGAGCCUGCGGAAGGAGCCGCAGCCAUUCAGGGGACCUGCCUGGUGGCAGCUGGGAUGAAGAGAGAUGGCAUGUCAGGCUGGCUCCGAAUCAUAGCUCCCUGAGAGGGCUGUGCAGAGAGUACUGGAAACCUCCCUACCAAAAAGACAGAGACCCGCCCCCUCACACACAAACACACAUGUCCUGUUGAACUCAUGCACGCACACCCACGUGCCUCUACUUGCCCCCAGGCUGGAAGAGAAGAGACAGAAAGACCCCAUGACCCCCCCUAUGUGGAUCCCCAUCUGUGUCUCAGUUGCAUCUGUACAGCCUUGUCUGCAAACUGGAGGAUGCAGGGCAAGCUCUUAGGGGCCUGCCAGGGCUCGGGGGGCAAACAGGGACUUGGGAAACUCAGUGUACCCCCGAUGCCUCACCCAUUCCAUGUCAUCACUCAUGUCUGCCACCCACUGAUUGGGCAAUUGUGGGCCCAUGGGGUGGAAGCCCCCAGAUGACUGGGCAGUUCUACAAAAGAAUGGCCAGCGCAAGCGGGGACCAGAGGGUCCUGAUUUUGUGUUUGUCCCUCUUCAUCUCUCUGGACUCUGAUCUCCUUCUCCCUUCCCAUCUCCAGGCCUUCUGUCUGUCCCAGAUAAAGGCACUGUUCUCCCAUCCUCCCUAUCCCAUCCUCUCCACCAAAUCGCUCCCAAUUCUGAGAGCCAAAGGCUGGCGCUUCUGACUUCAGGAGCGAGAGGAGGAGGCCUAGUUUGGGCCCAUGUAUUUUAAAGCAGAGUAGACAGCAGAGAGUCAAUUUCCCUUUCGUUGGGAGUGGGCAGUGGGGUGGCUAAUCGUCUCCGGCCAACCAGGGGCCCGUUGCCCAGGCAACUCACCAGCUCUGCCUCUGCUGAUUGGCUGCCACGGUGGGAGUCAGCCAAGAUUUAAAGGUAUGCCAGCGAUUGCUGUUUUCAAAACCUACCAGUCCCACUGUGGGUGGAGAAAUAAAUGGUCUUUCUCCUCCU